AUGUCCAAUUACAUGUUCUUUUUCGCUAGACCAAAUUCUGAUCUCCGACCACUAGGCAAAAUGGCUGCCAGGAAUGUUAUUACUGAGUUCCUGAAGAAGCGUGGUCGCCUCCCCUCACUGUUCUCCCCGCGUGUGCUUGUAGACUCGGUGCCGUGCCUCGUUCAGAGACAUUCGUCAGCUGUUGCUGGAACUGCGGAAUCUGUAGGGGUCGCUUCCCCUGAGACCAACAAAUGGCGUCGUCUGGGAUGGCUUCUGGCUGCUGGCGGAAUCGCCACUCUCCCGACAUUCGUCAGUUCGUCCGAAUCGAUCGCCUUAUCGGAAGCCUCAUCAGAGAAAAGUAGUGCGGGGAAGUCUGACGUCGGGGGACCAGAUGGAUCGUUCAAACCUCAGAUCGUCUUCGUUCUUGGUGGUCCUGGGAGUGGCAAGGGAACUCAAUGCGCCAAGAUUGUCGAGGAAUACGGAUUUACCCACUUGAGCGCUGGCGAUCUCCUACGUGCCGAAAUCAAGUCUGGAUCUUCUCACGGAAACAUGAUCCAGAAUAUGAUAAAGGAUGGGAAGAUUGUUCCAGCCGAGGUCACUGUUGGUCUACUUCAGAAAGCAAUGAAGGAGAGUGGGAAUAAUAAGUUCCUCAUUGAUGGGUUUCCUCGGAACAACGACAACAGGACCGUCUUUGAAAACCAGACUGGCAUCGAUCCUGAGUUUAUUCUCUUCUUUGAUUGCCCUGAGGACGUAAUGGUCAAGCGUCUACUUGGAAGAAACCAGGGACGGAUUGACGAUAACAUGGAUACGAUCAAAAAGAGAUUUCGGGUUUUCUUGGACCAGAGUGUCCCAGUUGUGAAUCAUUAUGACUUGCGUGGCAAAGUGCGAAAGGUUGAUGCCACCCGCUCCCCAGACGAAGUCUUCCAAGCAGUUUCUCCUCUUUUUACCAAGUUCCGUGAGGGUGAUUUGCUGGACAACACAAAGGCCUUGCUGAAUGCCAUUGACACCGGGGAUUACAAGACGUACUCCAACCUCUCAGACGAACACCUUUCUGCCUUUGAGCCUGAAGCACAAGGUGGCUUGGUCAAGGGCCUGGAGUUCCACAAAUACUAUUUUGAUCGCAGCAUUGGGAAUGGUUCAUCAAAGUCAACCAUGGUCGCACCCCACGUUGCCAUUGUUGGCAAUGCUGGGGUUGUUUCCUACACACGUCUCAUUCAAACGACUGAUGCUUCAGGAAAGGUGGAAAGCAAAGCGUUCAACGAGACGAGAGUAUGGGAGCGGCGGAAGAGUGCUGAUGGAACGUGGGAGUGGAAGAACAUUCACUUCCACCGUAUGGAGGACGGCAAAGAGGCCGUCGCCCGUCCGGAAAACGGAUCUGGCGCACCGCCGAAUGCGCAGAUGCCGUUUGACUCGGCUCAAAAGCCAUCCGGCGUCGCGACAAAUCUUCCGCAACUUCCGCCGCCCGUUACGCGCGGCUUCGAGCCCCCCCGAGACCCAUCUAGAAUCCACUCUUCCCAGAAUAUACCCUCGCAACUAGAAGCUACUCCGGGUUCUACCCCCGGGGCCGUUACUGGCGGUCACGGAAUCGGGAAGAAUCCAAUCGCCGGUGCCGGAAUUCCCGGAACAUCCGGAAGCUCUUUCGCGGGUCAAACGGGCGUUGAAGGAAGCGGUCCGAGCACGCCUGGCCCGCCGGCGGCUUUAAUCGGCGGAGUAAGCGGCUCGUCGGGGAUGGAGACUACCCCGCAACAGACAACGCCGCCGGGUCGCGGCGCGGACACGAAGGCGUUUGUUAAGGAGCUUCAGGCGUUCUUCGAGUCGCGCCAUCAGGAGUUUAAGGUUCCGAAGUUCUAUGGCGUGGAGGUCGACCUGCUGAAGCUUUGGCAAGUCGUCUGCUCUUUCGGUGGCUUUGACAAGGUGACAAGUGGCAAGCUCUGGCGUGUCGUUGGGGACCAAUUCGACCCGCCCAAGUCAUGCACCACGCUCUCCUGGUCUUUCCGGGGCUUCUACGAGAAGGCGCUACUGGAGUACGAGAAGCACGUGGGCGUGGACCCCUUGCUGGAGGGCAAACUCGCCAUCACCCCGAAGACAGACAGCAAGCACCACCAGGAGGGGGGCAGUGGGCCACGUGGAGCCAAGCGAUUGGCUGCAGCCAAGACCGGGGCUGCUGAUGGGGACCACACGGAUACUCCCAAGGAGCGCGGCACCCCAGGAUCAGGCCCAAAGCGUCACAGGCGGAACCAAGAGGGUGGUGAAGAAACACCUGAAGGAACACCUGGGGCGGCGACCAGGGCAGCAGAUGCGCCCCGCCCCAGAGGCAGGCCGCCUGGGAGCGGGGGAGGCACACCUGGGGGAGGUGGAACCGCGGGGAGAGAGGGGGGAAGGCGGACUGCAGGGGAGGGGGGAGCAGGGCGAGGGGGAGUGGGGGGAGGGGGAGCAGGGGUUGUAGGAGGACCAGGGGGAGGAGUAGGGGGAGGAGUAGGGGGUGGAGUGGGGGGUGGAGUGGGGGGAGGAGGAGUGGGCGCAGCAGCGAUGGAUGAUGGGGCAGUGGCUGUGGUGAACGACUUGGGUCUGCCGGCUGACUGGGUUCGAAUCAACGUCCGGCGAUCGCCGGACUGCUUUGAGAUCUACGCUCUUGUCCCAGGCCUGCUGCGUGAAGAGGUGCGAGUGCAGUGUGAGCCGGCAGGCAAGCUGGUCAUCGCAGGGGAGCCAGAGCAGCCGGACAACCCGUGGGGUGUCACGCCCUUCAAGAAGGUGAUUCUGCUGCCAGCAGCCAUCAACGCGAAUCAGACGUCAGCAGUGGUAACCCUACACGGCCAGCUCUAUGUGCGAGCCCCCCUUGCCAACCCCGCCCCCACCGCCCUCUCCCCCCAGCUGACCCCCAUCCCCGCCCCUGAGCUUCCCCCUCCGCCCCUGCCACCGAUGGGGGGAGGGCAGGGGCAGGGGGGCCAGGGGCAGGGGGGACAGGGACAGGGGAAUCAGGGGAAUCAAGGGCACAUGGGGCAAGGGCAGGGGCAGCAAGGGGUGGCGGCGCAAGGCAUGGCACUCGCACGUGGGCAUGGCGACUACAAGAGCGUCGCCACGUUCACCGCCGUGUCGCUGCCGUUCGGCUACCUCGCAGGUGGAAGCGCCAACCUGAGGGGCCCCAGCAUGUACUGUGCGGGUAUCCUCGGGCUGAUGGGGGGAUUCAUGUACGCAUACCAGCAGUCCUCUGGGCGGCUCAUGGGCAUGUUCCCGAACAAGUGGGAGGUGGAGCGCGAGAAGUGGAGCAACUAG